UGUGCUUGCGUCUUCUGUCAAAAGGGGGGGUUUCUUUUGUCAGUCGCAGAAGAAUUGAAAAUCAAAAUUCGAAGAAAUUUUUUCACAGGUCGAAACCCUUCAAUCAAUAGCAUGCAGCAUGUGAACAAUUUCGCAUUAACAAACAAGAUCUGGUUGCGGGGUAUAAAAAUCGCGGUACGAACAUGGUCUUAGUCUAAUACUGAGCUGCUGCGCAAUUACGGGUAGUGCCGGUGGGCUCUACAACGACGACACAGGAAUAUAGAUUCCGAACUUUUAAUUACUUUUCAUCACCUGAGAAGAUGGCCGCUCGUAAGUUCAACGACGACGAGCGCCGGUUUGGCGAUUCCAGUCCUCCGAAAUUCGAUUUUGCGAAGCAGGGGAGCUUACGCAUCUCCAACGAGGCGGCCCAGCGGCUGGAUUACAAACGGCGGUUGCAAGCGUCGAUCCCCUUUAUCGUGCGAUGGAUCAACCACCUGAGUCUCCCCUUCGAGAACGUGGUGUUGCGCAUGAAGUCCCAGGACGAGCGCCCGCGGCUGACGAACUACAAUUUGUUUGAAGCACUGCAAAACGGCCUGCUCUUAAUCGAAAUACACGAGGCCACGAGCGGGGGCGGGACGGGCGUGGGAGACGACGCGAGCGGCGGGAAAACGUUGAUUCGGGGAGUAAACAAGAAACCGGUGACAAAACCAAUCAUGCUGAAAAACUUGGAAAUUGCACUGAGGUACGAUAAGUAGAAUCGCUUCAUCUGAUCGCGACGAUUUCAGAUUCAUCUUGCCUAGUGCGGUUGAAAAAGUAUAGAGAAUUCAUACGAUUUUGUCUCUCCACAGUGCAUGAUCUAGAGAUGACACCAAUUACGAAUCCCACCUUUUCCGCGGAAACGAGGGGAAACCAGAUUUGAAGAAAACUCCAACACCAAUUCCAGGUACAUUUGGGGCCAGUGCGCUCGCGCGUCCAACAUGUGCACGCCGUUAGAUUUUUACCACGGUGAGGCGUCGAAGGUGCUGCCUUGUCUGCUCGAGAUGAUGGAGGUCUGGGUGUUCAAAAAGAACCGCAUGAUGAUCAACCGCACGUUGCAGGACAUAAACACGUUUUGUGGCCGGUACAACCGGGAUUUUCUCCCCCGGACCGACGAGGAGGCGGCAUACAACAACUAUGACGACGACGGAACAAAUUCAAAUACAAACGCAGCUGCGCAGCAACAGAACCGAAAAUACGACCUGGACAACAUGUUGGCCCCGGAUUUCGCCGACGGGAUCAACGUGGCGAUAGUGCUGACGUCGCUGGAUUUCGUCACCGAGUCGGAGCUGCUGCCGAAGAUGUACGGGCGGCCGCAGACGCAACAACAGUUCCUCUUCAACUACCGCCUAGUGCUGUACUUCCUGCGCAAGUGCCUGCCAAACAUGCCGCUUUUGCUGAAAAGCCCGGUGGAGUGGUGUCGUCCGCCGUUGCCGUGCCCGGAAACACUCAUUCUGCAGCUGAACCUGUUGGCGCAGGAGGUCAGUUGCGAUGUUUUAUAUCGAUUUCUCUUUUAGCUUACCAUUACCUAGGUUGCUAGGUUCCAAUAUAGAAGAUGGCGCGCGUUUGAUCUUGAUGCGAGCAACGCGUCGACCUUGAUGCGCGGCAACCCGAUACUAGCUGCUCCUCAUCUAACUAUUGCUGCAAAAAAUCUAUCACAGUCUAUCGACAAAUACCGGCACUACGCUCCAAGGAUAAUCGCCCGGGGCGAGGUAUAGCAUCAAAAAGCGUUGGCGUAGAGUGCGAUAACUUGUCAUGCUGUCUGGCGUAGCACAACCAAAGGUUAAGUGAUCGCAUUUAGUUCGUAGCAGUUUGUCUCGCAAGACGAGUGCGAUGUCUGAAAUUAAUCGCUAACGCCAAUGCAGCUUUUCUGUUUGAUACGGGGGCAUCCAAUUUCGCGAUGGGGUGAAGCUUUAUCUUGACGACGCAAACGACCGAAAAAACGAGAGCACCAUGCUGCGAAACUUAAUGACGGACUCGCAGCCAGACAACAAACUGGCUUUCACGGCCAGGUCCAGGGUAUAGAAAAUACAUACAAAGACGGAUAAGAAUAUCACAUCCUUUGUCAUGCGAGGCGAGCAUGAGAAAGGUGAAUUUUCAUGCAGAUGAUCAAACAAGAGACUUGACCAAAACUAAAUGCACAGGAAGUCCAACGCGCAGAAGCGGAUUUCCACUACUACUCCAUCUCCGCACUAUUCUAUCCAAGAAAAAAAGUGUGCACUUAAGUGUAACUCUGCAGAAAUGCAGAAACACAGUUACCCUUGUCAUGCCAGACACAAUUCGCGUUUCCACUAACUGGCAGAGCAUGACAGGCUUUUCUUUGGUGCGCCAAGGUAGUUGCAUUGACACACAUUUUUUUUUCCGGGAUAUGUUUCGGUUCCUUGGAGAGUCCUGCCGACGCGAGGAACUGCGGGAAGCUAUGGGGAUGACAGCGCUGGUUCGCGCGCUCAGGGAGCAGUUCGGGUUGAGCAAAGAGGACGUCCUGACCGUCAUGAACGCCAACUGCCCGGACGACUGGGUCAACGUGGCCGAGUUCGUCGCGUGUCUGGAGCACUUUCGCGAGCACCGAGACCGGGAAGCGGAGUGGAAGGUGGACACGGGACUGACAGCGGGACAACCAUUCCCGAAGGACAUCCCAAUGCCGACAAGAAGACAGUAGUUCUAGAGUUUUCAUUUGCACAUUAAACAGUACUAGUAUGUAGUGAGGUCACCGAACGGUUCUAACCAGGGAGUUUUCUUGACAUAUACCCUGAAAAACGACCGGCAGUUUUCAAGCGGCCGGAAGCGUUUUUUAACAAAAAAAAUUUCCAAUUAUCAAGCGGCCCUGGCUGACCUGGCACCGAAUCGCCAGCGGAUUCUAUCGGUCGCCGCUUGAAAAAACGACGCAGAGGAGCCAGCAAAAGGAGCGCCAUUCUGAGGCGCCCGCCGCCUUGGUUUCUGGCGGUUUGGGGCGCCCAAAAAGCAGUGCGAAAAAAACGCGCCGAAAAUCAGAACAGCGAAACAGCAUGGCACGGCUGCGAUUUCGGAGCAUUUUGGGCGGCCGCGAAAGCGGCCGCAUUUUCGCCGGUUUCAGAGCCUGGGAAGCUCUGCAAAAAGCGCCGGCUAGAAAAAUAAAAACGCAAAAAAGCAAAAGCGUGCCAGACGUGCAAAGCCAAUCCGCAUGCUAUGGGCCCGAUUUUUCUUCGCUUUUUGGGCGCCCCCCGUGGCACCCGGAUCGGCCCCAUAGCAUGGAGGCUGGCUUUCGGAAAGGAAUAUUGGAAAUCUGCCAAAAUUUGUGACGUCUAUCAAGCGGCCGCCUUACCGUGCGGCCUAACGUUACUCACGGCGGUAUGGCGAGCCCAGAAAAAGCAAAGCCGCGGCCAAGGCGACGGCCGGCAAGAAAACGCCCACGACCUCAUUACCUCCGCCCCGGCGGCUAUAUUUGGUACUACGUCAAGUGAUUUUCGCGUUCCCUACUAGCUUUUGCGAUGUGCAAUUUUUCUUCCUUCAGUGACAAGACAGUUUUAUUUUUUCAGUUUCUGCGUUGUGCGGGUUUAGAUUUAGUUGUGCCCUAUCUGUACAAAUGAAAUCGAGAGUCUUUAUCGUUCUUCAAAAACCCAAAAUCAGGCUCCAGGCGAUCUACGUGGAGGACCUGCGGCGGCAUUACGAGGUCGGGAAGCACUUUUUCGUCGCGCAGGCAGCGAACAAAAACGACACGGAACAGGACGACGACGAGUUUGAGCAGCGGGAUUCGGACGAGCCGACCACGGAGGUGCUGGGUGUGCAGGUGACGUUCAGCCGGCUGCUGGAGGGGAAAACGUUCAAAUCCUGCCACCUGUACACCACGGUGGUUCCCUGCGCAGACCAGUUUCGGUGUCUGCUGAUCGUCCGGGAUCUGACCAACAUGAACAUUCUGCUGAAAGUGGACGUGGGGAACCUACAAAUCCACGGCUCCACCGUGCGAGUCCUGAACCGCACCGCUUUGCGGAGAAAGAAGAACGCCGAGGGGCAGGCGGCCAUCCACUUCGCGAGCGGAACCAAGGUGGGCGGCAACAACCAAAGUGGGGUAAGUGCCAAGGCCGAGCCGCAGAAGAGAUUCCUGCUCGAUGGCGAGAAGAUCCCGGCCAUCCCGCGGUCGGACUUCGCGGCGGGGCGGGUACCGAGUAUGGGAUUCGCGUCCGGUACCGACUACCUGGACGCGCACCCGCUGCACACGCGGGAACUGUACGCGAACCUGGGCAAAAACCAGGGGCUGGACAAAAACAAAGCGUCCGGGGAGUUUCUGGAGAUGACCAUGAAUUUCACCAAAAACUUGUACGAAACGCUCAUCGUCGAGGAGCUCAUCAUCGCCUGCUCGAACACCGAAUCGGCGGCGCAGGCGCUGCGGUGCUCGCGGUUCCUCGAAGAGCUCCGGAUUUUGACGUACUUUCUGCCCAUGCGGGAAAAGCUACCGGCGCUAAACAUUUACUAGGUCAAUGGGCGGAAAAAUGGACCAGAUCUCGUGGAGAAAUUUUACCAGCGUGAUGAUUUUUUCCCUAAAAGAUCAAAAAAUCUGCGUCGAUCUUUGCUUUUUUUAGGUGAAGAAUUUCUAUUAACAAAGCAAAUGCUUUAUCGUGCUGAAAUUAAUAAACACACACUUCGAAGAAGCAGAAUGCCAUCCUGCGAAAGCGGUUAUUGCUGUAUAAUUUGCAAAUGAACGUGACGAGUUGCACAUGUACCAAAACCAAUCACCCCACUUGUACGAUUUUAUGUUGAGGCUGUGAUGCCGUGAAAAU